AUGAUUGAUACAUAGCAAGGUAGAGGUAUAUUGAAGAUUAAAUUAGGUUUUUUCUUCUUCUUUAUGCUUGUUGAUUUGAUUUUAAGCACGUUUGUGGAACCUCAUUUCAAUCCAUAAAAUAUCCAUAUAAGUAAUAGCGAUAUUCAGCUAAUUGUAGUAUGCGUUGUCUAAAUAGCAAUCAACCUAAUUUUAAAUGUCAUGUUUCUCAUUUUAAUGUGGUAAACUGUGCCUUUAAGAUAUGGUAUGAUUUUUGACUUGAUAAAGUAAUUCAAAUUGACAAUAUUCCUUAUUAUUGUUCAGUUUGCUUUGAAUACACUCGAACGUGUUUUAAGAAUUAUAAACCCAAACGAAUAAUAUAUUACUUACACAAGCAGUGUAUUUUACUACUAUAUUAUAUAUUACGUUAAAUAUAUUAUCUAUCCAUUCUAUUACGCUAACCUCUUACAGAGCUCUCUUAAGCUUGCUUUACCAGUCUAUUAUAAUGUCAAAAAGUGGGAUAACAAUAUAUGA